AUGAGCAAUGGAUCUUACAACAAUGGUAGCUUAGAUCAGCAAUUCGCUGGUAUGGGCAUUAACGAAAAUCGCUCCAAUGGUCGAGCACCUCCUUCUCGAUAUGUUCCUCCUCAUUUGAGAAACAGUCAAGGUACCAAUGGUUCUGCUAAUAGUGGCUGGUCUGACUGGAACUCUGGCAACGAUCGUUCUCAAUCUGGUGGUUAUCAACGUGGUGGUGGAUGGAAUUCUUCUUACUCUGAUCGUGGUGCUGGUGGACAUCAUCGAUCCAACUUUUAUGAACGUGGUUCGUAUGGUGGCGGUGGCGGUGGUUAUCGUAACAACUAUCGCCAAAAUGACAAUGGUGGAUAUCAACGUCGUGAUGAUUCUCAAGGUUAUUGGAAAGAAGGUGUUCAUCAUGUUGGCAAUCGCAACCCUCGUACUGAGAAGGAUCUCUUUGGUUCUGCUGAUGAUUCUGAUCGUCAACAUACUGGUAUCAACUUUGAAAAAUAUGAUGAUAUUCCCGUUGAAGCUAGCGGUGAUGGAUGUCCUGAACCUGUGACCACUUUUACUAAUCCUCCUUUGGACGCUCAUCUUUUGAGUAACAUUGAAUUGGCAAGAUAUACUACUCCUACUCCUGUCCAAAAAUACUCUAUUCCUAUUGUUGGUGCUGGUAGAGAUUUGAUGGCUUGUGCUCAAACUGGUUCUGGUAAAACUGGUGGUUUCUUGUUCCCUGUUCUUUCUGAAUUGUUCUUAAAGGGUCCUUUGGCUUUACCUGAAGAUCCUCAUGCUGGUUACCGUGGUCGCAAGGCUUAUCCUACAGUCUUGAUUCUUGCCCCUACUCGUGAAUUGGUAUCUCAAAUCUUUGAUGAAGCCAAGAAGUUUGCUUAUCGUUCUUGGGUUCGUCCUGCUGUUGUAUAUGGUGGUGCUGACAUUGGUGCUCAAUUACGUCAAAUUGAUCGUGGAUGUGAUCUUUUGGUGGCUACUCCUGGUCGUCUUGUGGACUUGAUUGAACGUGCACGUAUCUCUCUUGCCAAUAUUCGUUAUUUGGUCCUUGAUGAAGCUGAUCGCAUGUUAGAUAUGGGUUUCGAACCUCAAAUCCGUCGUAUUGUUGAAAAGGAAGAUAUGACAAGUGUUCAAGACCGUGUUACUCUCAUGUUCUCCGCCACUUUCCCUCGUGAUAUCCAAUAUCUUGCUCGCGACUUUUUGAAGGAUUACAUCUUUUUGUCUGUGGGUCGUGUUGGUUCUACUUCUGAAAACAUUACUCAAAAGGUGGAAUAUGUUGAAGAUGAAGACAAGCGUUCAGUGUUACUCGACAUUUUGCAUUCUACUGAAGUAUCUGGUCUUACUUUGAUCUUUGUGGAAACUAAACGUAUGGCUGAUGCACUCUCUGACUUUUUGUUGGGUCACAACUUCCCUGCUACUGCUAUCCAUGGUGAUCGUACUCAACGUGAACGUGAACGUGCUCUUGAUUCUUUCCGAUCUGGUCGUACUCCUAUCAUGGUUGCUACUGCUGUUGCUGCUCGUGGUCUUGAUAUUGCCAAUGUAUCUCAUGUUAUCUCUUACGAUUUACCUACAGAUAUUGAUGAUUAUGUCCACCGUAUCGGUCGUACCGGUCGUGCAGGUAACACUGGUCUCGCUACUGCCUUCUUCAACCGCAACAACAAGAACAUUGUCAACGACUUUAUCGAUAUCUUGAAAGAAGCCAAUCAAGAAGUACCUGGUUUCUUGGAAUCUGUUGCUCGUGAAACUAGAUCUGCUGGUCGUGGUGGACGUGGCGGUUAUGGUCGUGGACGUGGUGGUGGUGGUUCAUUUGGUGGCCGUGAUUUCCGUAAAUACAACAAUAAUGGUGGUAAUGAUUAUUCUCGAGGUAAUGACUUUGGUGGUUACAAUAACGGUUACAACAAUUAUCCUCCUUUGGGUGCUACUGGGGGCCGUCCUUCUUAUACUCCUCGUGGUGAUGUUCCUAUGCAAUAUCAGAACAAGACCAGUUGGUUCUAAACCCUUCUUUAACAAAUUAUUGGACAAGAACGACAAAGCAUACUUUGGAAAAUAGACUACUACUACUACUUUACAAUCUUCUCUUUCACUUAUUCUCACAUUCACUCUUAUCAUCGUCCUAUCAUACGCCUCUUUUAUAUUAGGUAUAUUCCCCCUGUCGUUUAUUUUCUUUUUACUUUUUUUUUUAUUUAUAUAUACAUAUCUUUAUCAUCUGCAUUUCAUUUUUUUUUCAUGCAUUUUUUUUUAUUAUUCUUAUACAUUAGUUAGUCUCUUGUUAAUGUUAGUCUUUUAUAUAUAUAUUUAGAAAAUAGAAAUUGGAAGAAAAAAAAAGUACGCAUUAGUAAUUUUUUUUUCUACGCUCCCCCCUGACAGGAUUUUAUACAUUUUAUUCUUUUUUUUUUUACAAGUAG